AUGAAAGACAUGGAAAGCAUUCCUGGACCAAAACCCCUGCCAGUGGUGGGAAAUCUGUUCGACAUCGACCUCGAGAAUGGCCUACAAUCUAUUAUCAAGAUGGCGCACGAGUUUGGGCCUCUCUUCCAAAUCACCAUCAACGGCCAGAAACAGAUCUUUGCCACGAGCCAGGCUCUGGUCGAUGAGCUUUGUGACGAAACCCGCUUCCACAAAGCCGUCAUGGGUGGAAUACAAAAGUUAAGAAUGCUGGCUAAAGAUGGCCUAUUCACGGCAUACCACGGAGAGCGCGGUUGGGGCAUUGCCCACCGAAUUCUGAUGCCUGCUUUUGGCCCGCUGCGGAUCAGGGACAUGUUCGAGGAUAUGAGCGAUGUUGCGCAACAGUUGUGUUUCAAGUGGGCCCGCCAGGGAAGUUCGACGAGUAUCAAUAUCUGCGAUGACUUCACCCGCCUCACAUUAGACACCAUCGCCCUCUGCACGAUGGGCUUCCGAUUAAAUAGCUAUUACAACAGCAAUGCAUUGCAUCCGUUUAUAGAAUCCAUGCUAUACGUGCUGAAGGAAGCCGAGCUCCAGUCUACGCUCCCCGGGGUUGCAAACUGCAUGCGUGUCAAGGCGCAGCGGCGCAUGUCCAAGCACAUCGACGCGAUGAGAAGCAUGGCCCGAAAUCUCAUCGAGGAGCGCAGAGCCAAGCCCGAGCCGGUCGACGACCUUCUGAACACACUGCUGAACGGACGGGACCCAAUCACUGGUGAAGGUAUGAGUGAUGAUUUGAUCAUCAGCAACAUCAUCACGUUCUUGAUCGCAGGCCAUGAAACCACCUCCGGCUUGCUGUCUUUCACAUUUUAUUACCUGUUGCAAAACCAAGAUGUAUUAGAGCGGGCCCGGAAUGAAGUUGAUGAGGUUACCGGCGUGGGACCGAUCACGGUACAGCAUCUCGCAAAGCUUCCCUACAUCGAUGCAAUUAUGAAAGAGAGUUUGCGCCUGAUGCCCACCGCCCCGGCCUUCACCGUCACACCGCAGAAGCCGGAGGUGCUGGGCGGUAAAUGGAUGAUCAAUACUGGAGAUUCCGUCAACCUACUGUUGCCUGUGUGUCUGCGAGACGAGACCGUCUUUGGGCCUGACGCGGGGGAGUUUCGCCCGAACCGCAUGCUGGAAGAGAACUUCUCCAAGCUCCCACCCAAUUCGUGGAAGCCCUUUGGCAACGGUGAACGCGGAUGUAUUGGCAGGGCAUUUGCCUGGCAAGAAGCUCAACUGGUGGUUGCCUUAGUCCUUCGAACGUUUGACUUGGCAGCAGAGGACCCUUACUACAAAUUGCGCAUCAAAGAGACCCUUACCAUCAAGCCCGAUGGCUUCCGGAUCCGAGCCACUUUGCGUCACGGCAAGAGUGCCACGGCGCUCUCCCAGCAUAACAUAUCGGUAGGCGCUGCUGCGAGCCCGGCAUCGUCAACGUAUCUCGCUGGGAACGAGAACGGCCGGGAUGCAGCGGGAGGUCAGCCAGUUUCCUUCUUCUACGGUUCCAACAGUGGAACAUGCAAAGCUCUCACCCACCGGCUAGCAUCAACCAUGAUGACCCGUGGAUUUACCGACCAGAAUAUUGCCCCACUCGAUAGCGCCGUAGACAAUCUGCCGAGAGACCAGCCAACGAUUAUCAUAACCACCACCUACGACGGGCAGCCCACGGACGAUGCGAAGAAAUUUGUCGCCUGGCUCGAAAGCGGUAAUUCUCCGUCUCUUCAAGGCGUCUCAUACGCAGUUUUCGGCUGUGGCCAUCAAGACUGGACCAAAACAUUCUAUCGCAUCCCGAUCUUGAUAGACAACCUAAUGUACAAGGCUGGAGCCACGCGGCUCGCAACGCGAGGGGCAGCCAACGCCGCCAUCAGCGAUCUCUUCUCGGAUCUCGAAGUGUGGGAGGAGACCAAUUUACUGCCCGGCCUCCGGGAGAGUUUCUACCCGCCCAAUAACAGCAACUUCGUACCAUUGGAGCCGCACCAACUCCAGAUCAGCAUCAACAAGCCCACAAGGGUGGGUAUGCACCGGGACCUUAUUGAAGCCAAGGUGACUGCCAUCCGGACGCUGACCAGCCCCGGGGCCCCGGAGAAGCGACAUCUGGAAUUCUGCAUCCCAGGCGAAACUACCCUCCGCCCAGGCGACCAUCUCAACAUCCUCCCAGUCAAUCCGCCCAGCACGGUUUCGAGAGCGCUGGCUCGAUUCAAUCUCGCACCGGAUCACAGCAUCACAUUCGAGUCGUCCAAUGCGCUCGAUCUACCCCAGGCUACACCCGUGUCAGCGGCCGAACUGUUCAGCUCAUAUCUGGAGCUGUCUCAACCGGCAACGCGGAAUAACCUCAAAGAACUCGCCUCAACCACACCGUCAGAUGGAGAAAAACAAGAGCUGCUCCAUUUAUACGAUUCUUACGAUUCACUCAUCCGAGCGAAGCGUGCCUCGGUCUUAGAUCUCCUCGAACAAUUCACCUCAGUGACACUUCCUAUCACCACAUUUAUCUCCAUGCUCCCCGCUCUACGCGUUCGCACUUACUCCCUCUCCAUGGCCCCCUCCUUCAAGCCCUUACACUAUUCGCUCACCUUCUCCGUCAUCAACGAGCCAGCAUGGAACGGCAAUGGUCGGUAUCUAGGCGUCGCAUCGAACUAUCUCGCAUCGCUGAACUUAGGGUCCAUUCUCUACAUAUCCCCACGACCCGCCAAAGACGCCUUCCAUCUCCCGACAGACCAGUCGAGCAAACCGAUCAUCAUGAUCUGCGCAGGCAGUGGCCUUGCCCCCUUCCGCAGCUUCAUCCAGGAUCGCAUGUUGUGGCAGCAACAGGACAAAACACUCGCUAAGGCGCUCUUGUUCUUCGGCUGUCGCAGUCCGCAGCUGGAUGAUCUUUACCACGACGAAUUAUCCCAGUUCGAAGCCGCGGGUGUGGUUGAGGUCCGGAGGGCGUACAGUAAAGUCCCAAAUCACUACCUUGCCAAGGGAUGUCGCUAUGUGCAACACCGGUUGCUCACAGAAACCGAGACCAUCCAGGAUAUGUGGGCUCAGGAUGCGAUAAUCUAUGUCUGCGGUUCGGGGAACUUGGCCAAGGGGGUCAAGGCUGUAUUGGAGAGUAUGUUGGGAACAUUAUAUGAGCGAUACAUUACGGAGAUUUUCUAG